CUAGAACAUCUUUGAAAAAGUCGCGAAAUUUUGAAUAUAGAAAGUAGACGUUUAAAAUAUAUGUUUCUGCCUUGAAGUUAAAGGAAACUAUUGGACAUGAAUUUCCUGUUUGUGUGUAUUUGUUAUGAUUUGGAGUCAAAUGACUAAUAAAGACAAUGUCAGCUUUAACUGAAGAACAAAAAAGAAGGAUUGAAGAGAAUAAGAGAAAAGCUCUAGCAAAACGAGCACAGAAAUUAAGUCCAGUGAAAAGCAGCGGUGAUGUACAGAAAAGACAGAUCGAAGAAAGUAGACUGAAAGCACUUGCUCUCAGAGCAGAAAAACCAUUGAAACUCUCAGAACCGUCACAGGCACAUAAUAGCAAGCCACAAACAGAUAGCAGGGGUUUGAUAAACCAGAUUAACAAAACUUCCAAUGCUAUUGUUGCAGGCAAAAACACAUUUAGUAAUGAUGGCCCAAGUAAUAGUUCUUUUAAAGCUAGUACUACAGGGGACACAAAUAAAAACAAAAGAAAUGGAGUAAGUUCUGGUUCCAGUUAUAAAACACAACUUUUGAAUAAACCUGCACUGCAGCAAUCAGUGAACGGGGCAGAGUCUCGUGUAGCUAAGAUUGCGGAGUCAAUAGCAACCUCUGGUCCAUCACAGAGCACCCUGGGGGGAGGGACUACAGCCAAGUGUCUGCUGAUCUCCAGGGAGAGGUUCGAAGUCACAUCUGGAUACUUUCCGCCACUUGUUGACUUGUUUAAAACCAUGGCAACCAAAAAGUAUGAUGCAGUCACCAAAAAGUGGUCCUUUAAAUUGGAAGAGUAUCAGAAAUUGGUUUCGGCAAUGAGAGCCAUGAGUCCACAGGUGCGACUGGUGCCCCUCCCACAAACUGUUCUCUCGACCUUCCAACAGCAACUGAAGGGGGUUUAUCCCGACAAGGAGAUCCCCACCGCUGACCUCAGUCACCUGGAUGCCAGUCUGGUCAACUCUCUGCUGCCGUUCCAAAGGGUCGGAGUCAAUUUUGGAGUACACAAGAAUGGUCGCAUUUUGUUGGCGGAUGAUAUGGGUCUUGGUAAAACAAUACAGGCAAUUUGUCUGGCCUGUUACUAUAGAAACGAGUGGCCCCUCCUCAUUGUCGUUCCUUCCUCUGUCAGAUUUGAUUGGGCACAGCAACUCCAGAGAUGGGUGCCAAGUCUGGACCCACAGGAGGUUUAUGUCGCCUUGUCGGGAAAGAGUAGCUUGUCUGGUCACAUGGUCUGUAUCCUUAGUUACGACCUGAUGGCCAAGAAGUCCAAAGAUUUAUUGGAAAGGAACUUCAGUGUUGUUAUAAUGGAUGAAUGUCAUUUGCUGAAAAAUUUCAAAACUGCUCGAUGUAAAGCCGCUAUGCCAAUUCUAAAGGCUGCCAAGCGUGUGAUUCUGUUGAGUGGGACCCCAGCCCUGUCUCGCCCCCAGGAGCUGUACACCCAGAUCUGUGCCGUCAAACCCUACAUGUUCCAGUACCAAGACUUUGGGGUCCGCUACUGUGAUGGUAAGAAGAAUCCCUGGGGAUGGGAUUUUUCGGGAUCAUCCAACAUGGAGGAGCUUCAGAUCCUUCUAGAGGAGAGCAUAAUGAUAAGGAGACUGAAAAAAGAAGUGAUAACACAGCUCCCAGACAAGGUCCGACAGAUGGUACUGUUAGAUCCAGGGCUGAUCAAGACCACUAAGGAGAUGGAGCUGCAGAGCAAGACAAUGGAGCUCAAGUCCCUCAAGGGAAUGGAGAGAAGAGGGGCCCUUUUGGAAUACUUUCACCACACUGGGGCAGCAAAAAUCAAAGCCAUCAAGGAGUAUGUUUUGGACUUGUUGGACUUGGACAGGAAGUUCCUGAUCUUUGCUCACCAUCAGGAAGUCCUCGAUGCUAUAGAGGCUGCUGUACAGUCAAAGAUUGAGAAAGGAUAUAUAAGGAUUGAUGGGAAAACAACUCCAGAACAAAGGAAUUAUUUCUGCAACAAAUUCCAGUCCAACGAUUCCCUGCGAGUGGCCAUUUUGUCAAUCUGUGCAGCCAAUGCUGGCCUCAAUCUGUCUGCUGCCAGUCUGGUGGUGUUUGGGGAGCUGUUCUGGAAUCCUGGGGUUUUGGUUCAGGCAGAGGAUCGCACCCACAGAAUGGGACAGAGAGACAUGGUCAAUGUCCACUACCUGGUGGCCAGGGGCACUGCUGAUGACCAUGUGUGGCCUCUAGUUCAAAAGAAGCUGGAGGUCCUCAGUAAAGCAGGACUCAGUAAGGAGGAUUUCUCAGCAGCUGACACCAAAACCAUGAAAGACUCCACACAGACCGAUUUGAUGCAGUACUUUGAGGAAAGCUUCAUUGAAGAGAGUUUUGAAGAGGCCUCAGAGACAGAAAAUGACCAGAUGCAAUCCGCAGUUCCAGCAACUUCAAAUACGAAUUCAAAUGGACAGAAACUGACCAAUCAGAAGGAACAAGCUUCUAAAUUAUUGUCUGUAAAACCUGUGAAACCAAAAACUGAACAGAGUCUAUUCAACUACUUCGGUGCAAAGAAGAACACGUCGGGGUCAGAACAGAGUGGUGCCAGUGACUCUAGAGACAAGGUGGUGCCCCAGACCCUCCCUGAGGGGGUCGAGGCAGAACUGUUCGAUGAUGACGAUUGGCUGGAAGAAAUAGAGGAACCUCAGUACAAAAAAUCAAAGCGUUAACUUUUUGUUAAAUAAAACUUUAAAAACUCAAAA